CUCUGGCAUUGAUUGACAUUGUCGCAACUCGCACCAUGCCAGUCCCAGCAGCCGCGAGCCGCCUCACGGCGGUGUACAACCGACACUUUGACACGCACCCGCUCCUAACACUGACCGCGACGAAUGGGCUCCUGUCGUCCAUCUCGGAUUUGGUGGCACAAGGCCUCGGCAUGGCGCUCGCAGAGAAGGACGACCGGCCGGCGUACGACCCCGCAAGGACGGCGCGCUUCGCAGUCUUUGGGCUCGGCAUGGGCCCGGUCGUAGGCCAGUGGCUCCGCUUCCUCGAGUUCUCGGUGCCCAUGCGCGCGGGCCACGCGGUGCAAGUGACGGUCAAGCGCGUCCUGCUCGACCAGUUUGUGUUCGCGCCCGUGGGACUCACGCUCUUCGUGGGCAGCAUGGGCAUCAUGGAGGGCAAGAGCCGCGCGCACAUCAAGCAAAAGUUUGACGACGUCUACUGGACCGCGCUCAAGGCAAACUGGAAGGUAUGGCCUGCUAUCCAGGCGGCCAACCUCGGCAUCGUGCCGCUGCGGUACAGGCUGCCCUUCCAGCAGACGUGCGGUAUCUUGUGGAACACGUAUCUCAGCCUCCUCAAUGCCAAGCAAACGCAGGGAAAGGACGUCGCGCAUGUACCCGCUGUGGCGGGGUCGUAGACGACCCCAGCCAACACCCCCAUAGACGCCACAGCCACUCACAUCAUCUCAUGUAGCACACCCAUCAGUCCAAUCACAUCCGCCGUCGCCGCCACAACACCCCUCCCCCGCAUUGUAUAC